GGAAAUUUCAGAUGAGGUUGACGGUUGGAAUUGUAUUGGCCCUCGCGGUGUUCGCGAUCGUCGAAGGGCAGCGAUUUAGACGCCAGCGUCAGCGACAGCGAGGACGCCUUCGUGGACGUCAAGCAGGUCGUGGCGGCGGCGGCGGCGGAGGCGGCGGCGGUGGUGGAGGCGGCGGUGGCGGCGGUCGCAGCCUGUAUGUACCCGAUCCCAGGAACCCCAACCACGUCAACGAAUGCCGCAACCGCGUGAUUCACGAGACCAGUGGAGGCAGGAAUUAUUUCUACUCCUGGAAACACCCGCAAACCAGGAACUUGAAGGUUGACUGGUUGGAUGCCCGUAACGUUUGCCGUCGCCACUGUAUGGACUUGGUGUCCCUUGAGACUCCCCAGGAGAACACCCUCAUCAGGAAUCGCAUUCAACAGGGCGUGAUUCACGAGACCAGUGGAGGCAGGAAUUAUUUCUACUCCUGGAAACACCCGCAAACCAGGAACUUGAAGGUUGACUGGUUGGAUGCUCGUAACGUUUGCCGUCGCCAUUGUAUGGACUUGGUGUCCCUUGAGACUCCCCAGGAGAACACCCUCAUCAGGAAUCGCAUUCAACAGGACAAUGUUGAGUUCAUUUGGACUUCUGGUCGCAAAUGCAACUUUGAUGGUUGUGACCGUGCUGAUUUGCGACCAAUCCUCAUCAACGGAUGGUUCUGGUCUGGCUCUGGUGUCAAGAUGUUCCCUACCAACCGCAGAUUCGCAGGAACAUGGUCCUCAACUGGAGGCGGAGGACGACCUCAGCCCGACAACAGAGAACCCCAAGAUAACUCUGGUUUCGGCGAAGACGAGGCCUGCGUGGCCAUCUUGAACAACUUCUACCAAGAUGGCGUCGCAUGGCAUGACGUGGCCUGUUCCCACAAGAAACCAUUCGUUUGCGAAGACUCUGACGAGAUCCUCAAUUUCGUUCGUAGCCGCGCAAAUGUCCAGCUCUAAAAAAGUAAUAUUAAAUUUUUAACACCUCGCCAUCAUCAUCAUUUCUUUGCGAUUUAUUAUUUUCUUUUCCGGUUUACGACGCCCACAUCGUUUCGCUAUAUUUAUUUCGGACUGACUUCCAUGUGUCUUUAUGAUGAUUCUUUUUUUUUUUUUUUUUUUGGUGGACAAAUAAGAGAGGGGUUGGGAUGAGAGGAGGUUUAACCUGAGCCCUUUUGUUAGAACGGUAUGUUAUUUGGAUGUGAUUUUGUAUUAAAAAAUGAGAAAAGAAUAUGUGCCAGAGUUACUGGCAAUUUUUUUUCUUCGCGAAAAGGGUUUCCAUCUUUGCCUCGGGAGCGGCGAAAUACACAAGCGUUUGGACUUCUUCUCAAAAA